AUGACGAAUACAAAUGAUUUUUAUUUCGAUUUAAAAUUUUUCAAAUCAUUAAUCCAUCUCUCAUCUCAUUUUUAUUCAACAACAAACUAUUAUUCUAUUAUACUAACUUUAUUAACUCUUAUAAUUAGUAUUUCAAGUGAAGUAUUAGGUUAUUAUUUAGGUUUAGUUCCAGGACAAUGUUAUAGAGCUUUAAUGAAUAAAGAUUCUAGUUCAUUUUUUAAUAUAUUUUGGAAAGGUUCACUUAUGUAUAUUGGUAAAUGUUGUCUUCUUGGAGCGCUUACAACUUCAGGAUGGUUUCUUUAUAUUGUAUAUAGAAGUAAUAUAACAAAAAGUUUACAUAAAGAAUAUUUUAAAAAUAAUACAUCUUUAAAAGUUAAUUUUAAUUAUGAAAAUAAUAUUGAUAAUCCAGAUCAACGAAUAACACAAGAUGUUGAUAAAAUGUGUAAUCAACUUGCUAAUUCUAUUAUGCCAGCUGCUUUAAUAUGUCCAUUUGUAAUUGCAUAUUAUACAUAUAAAACAUAUGAAACUACUGGUAUUUAUGGUAUUGGAUUAAUUUAUUUAUAUUUUAUAUUUGGAACAAUAGUUAAUAGAAUACUUAUUUCACCAUUAGCAAAAUGGACUGGAAGAGUUGAAAAAUAUGAAGGUGAUUUAAGAUAUAAACAUGUAACAAUUAAAAAUAAUUGUGAACAAAUUAAUUUUUAUAAAGCUCAAAAAUUUGAAAAUGAAGCAUCAAAUGAUUUUUUGUAUAAAUUACUUGAAAAUCAUUAUUAUCUUUCUUGGUGGAGAUUUCCUAAUUCAUUUUGGCAAAAUCUAUUUAACUAUUAUGGUGGAUUUCUAUCAUAUGCAAUUCAAUAUAUACCAAUAUUUAUUUUUAAUUCAUUUGAUGAUUUAAAACCUUCUGAAUUAGCACAAGUUAUUUCAAAUAAUGCUUUUAUAUAUAUUUAUUUAAUAAAUAGUUUUACACGUCUUACUGAUACAGCUUAUAUUGCUGGUCAAAUGGCUGGAGUACUUCAAAGAGUUUCACAGUUAUUAAAAUAUAUGGAAGAAAUAAAUAAAAAAAAAUCAAUUUCUAAUACUAUUAAUGAAAUAUCAAAAGAUAAUUAUGUACUUAUAAUAGAAGAUGUAAUUAUUUCUAAACCAAAUGAAGGAGUAUUAAUUAAUAAAUUAUCUUUUAAUUUAAAAAAAAAUGAUUCUCUUUUAAUAUUUGGUAAUUCAGGAGUAGGAAAAACAUCAUUAUUAAGAGUUAUAGCUAAUAUUUGGAAUCAUGAUUCUGGAAAAAUUUUUUGUAAAUAUUCAACUAAUGAAUUAGCUAUAGUUCCACAAAAACCAUACUUUCCAACAGGAAAAUUAACCUUAUUACAACAAUUAAUUUUUCCCAAAAAACUUUUGGAUAUUAAUGUUUCAAUUACCGAUUUUGAAAAUAGAAUUUUUGAUCUUAUAUCAAUGUUAAAACUUAAUGAUUUAGUUAAUCGAAUUGGUUCUCUUUUUACACAACCACAAUUUGAGUAUGUUGAUUUAACUCCAGGAGAAUUACAAAGAUUAGCUAUUAUACGUGGGCUUUUAACAAAUCCAAAGAUAUUAUUACUUGAUGAAUCAACUAGUUCAAUUAGUGAAGAAAUGGAAGAAAUUUUUUAUGAAUAUCUUUUAGAAAAUUCAAUUACAUUUAUAUCUAUUGGGCAUCGUAAAACUUUAAGUAAAUGGCAUAAUCAUAUUUUGACCUUAUGUUGUGAUGGAACCUAUAUUUAUACAUAA